CUCGGAAGUCCAGUAAUAACCUUUCCAUGACCUUGAAAUUCUACAAUUCUAAACCGAACUGGAUACGACCACACUAUGGUAUCUGCGAAAGUUACCAGUGCUCUUAGCACCAUCUCCGGCACAGAAGAUCAACAACAAGGCUACGAAGCUCUCCUGAAAGAUGUCCAAUUUACAUCCUCACCUACAGAGCUUCCAAAGGACCUCAUAGCAAUUCUCGACGCCAUCUUCGAAAGCUCUCUCGGAAUAGUAGCCACAAGAUCGCUCACCCUCUACUUUGUCAACACCCUCAAAGAAGUUAAAAGCAACGAAACCAAAAUCGAAGUCGGCGAGCAUGCCCUAUCAGUCUUCCAGUCCCAGGCAUCCUCCUUCGAAGAACAGAAUGCUCAGGUUCGAGAGACAAUGGCAAGCGCCUACGAGGCAGACGAAGAUUUCCUCGCCGCUGCUAAGAUCCUCGCUGGUAUACCACUCGAGAGUUCUCAGCGGAAGGUUACAAAUGAAGACAAGGUUGGAUUCUGGAUUCGCAUUACGAGAAACUACUUGGAGGUCGACGACACUACAUUGGCGGAGCAAUACUUGAAUAAGGCAAAGAACCUGAUCUAUACGGUCUCCGAUCGGGACAUGAACCUGCAUUUCAGCCUCUGCCAGGCACGAAUCCAGGAUGCGAGACGCAACUUUUUGGCUGCUGCCCAAGGUUACCAGGAUAUCAGUUUCAUGACGGUUAUUGCUGAGGAGGAGAGAUUACAUACGUUAAGCAUGGCCAUCAAGUGUGCUGUUCUUGCGCCUGCUGGGCCAGCUAGAAGCCGUGCGCUGGGAAGACUGUACAAGGAUGAGAGAGCAAGCACAUUGGAGGAGUACAGCAUUCUGGAGAAGAUGUUUCUAGAUCGCCUUUUGUCACCGACUGAGGUAGCCAAAUUUGCGGAAGGUCUGGCACCACAUCAACUGGCUAAGACUUCUGAUGGAAGCACGGUUCUUGCAAAGGCUGUUGUUGAACAUAAUCUGAGAGGUGCGUCGAGGCUGUACAGCAAUAUUGGCUUUGAUGCAUUGGGUUUACUGCUUGGUUUAGACGGAGACAAGGCAGAAGAGACAACUGCUAGGAUGAUUGAGCAAGGCCGCCUGGUCGGUCGUAUUGACCAGAUCGAACGCUUUAUCUGGUUUGAGGGUGGAGAGGCCACUGGUGAGAAGGGUAGCGGUCGAUCAGAAGGCGUCGUUGGAAGGGAGCUGAAGCGAUGGGAUUCAAAUGUUCAGGGACUUGCCGAAGAGGUUGAGAAGGUCACCUCUGAGCUUCAAUUGGUAUAUCCUGACUUCGUCGCAAAGAAUCUGAAAGUUUGAGAGACUUUGGGAACAUGGGAUAUGACUGGCGUUUAGAGGAUAUGCAUGGCACUGGGGAGCGUUCACUCGCAUAAUUCAUGGCGUUUACGAAUAAAACGAGACCAGGACAAUGAGACCGGAUAGAAUACAAAGUUCACGUAAACUUAUUCCUCGGGACCUCAGAUCUCAGUUCAAGGAAGUAGAGCCCUACCAUUCACGACGAAGGCCAUUGAUAUCCAGAUC